AAAUUACGGAGGGAGUUUAAUUUUAAUGGGAUGCACAAGCCGGGAGAUGUAGCUCUGGGUGGUCUGUUUGAAGUCCACUAUAGCUCUGUCUUCCCUGAGCUGACGUACACCUCAGAACCCCAUCAGCCAAGCUGCCAAGGAUUUGACCCUCCAGGGUUCAGGCAUGCCAUGACCAUGGCCUUUUCUAUUGAUGAGAUCAACAAAACCCCUAACCUGCUACCUAAUAUUACUCUGGGAUACAGCCUUUAUGACAACUGUGCUACACUUGGUAUUGGGUUCAGUGCUGCAUUGUCAUUGGCCACUGGUCGAGAGGAGCAGUUUCUGCUUCAGGCGAACUGUUCAGGCACCCCUCCAGUCCUGGGGAUUGUGGGUGAUCCCUUUUCAACAUUUUCUAUAGCCACCUCCAAUGUUCUAGGCUUAUAUAAACUUCCUAUUGUGAGUUAUUUUGCCACAUGUUCCUGCCUGAGUGACCGGAGAAGGUUUCCAUCAUUCUUCAGAACAAUCCCAAGUGAUGCUUUUCAGGUGCGAGCUAUGAUUCAAAUUCUAAAACACUUUGGUUGGACUUGGGUAGGCCUACUGGUCAGUGAUGAUGACUAUGGACUAUACGCUGCCCAAUCCUUCCAGACUGACUUGGCUCAGAGCGGUGGAAGUUGUCUGGCCUAUUCAGAGAUUUUGCCUUGGGACAAUGAUCAAAAUGAAUAUGCCAGGAUUGUGGAUAUGAUGAAAAAAUCCACAGCUCAUGUGGUCAUUGUAUUUGCACCCAAGAAUCACAUGGUUCAACUCAUAGAAGAGGUGGUGAAGAAGAAUGUGACAGGUCUGCAGUGGAUGGCCAGUGAAGCAUGGACAUUAGUUGAUGGACUCCAUACACCUGCCUUCAUGCCAUACCUGGGUGGCACACUGGGCAUCGCUGUUCGUCGUGGAGAAAUCCCAGGGCUCAGGGACUUCCUCUUACAAAUACGUCCUGACCUACACCAAAACAACAGCUAUGCAAAUAACCUGGUAAAUCAGUUUUGGGAAUACACAUUUCAGUGUAAAUUUGCACCACCUCCACCAGGCUGGUUGGAAGCUGGAGGAGCACUGUGCACUGGACAGGAAGAACUAAAGAAUGUGGACACUGAGUUCUUUGACAUUUUAAACCCCCGGCCAGAGUAUAAUGUUUACAAGGCUGUGUAUGCGCUGGCAUAUGCAUUUCAUGACCUUCUGCAGUGUGAGUCAGGGAGAGGGCCUUUCAGUGGACAGAGCUGUGGCAGUCUGCAACAACUGGAGCCAUGGCAGCUUAUGUAUUACUUGCAAAAGGUCAACUUCACAACAUCAUUUGGUGAUCAAGUGUUAUUUGAUGAGAAUGGUGAUGCCUUACCAAUCUAUGACAUCAUGAACUGGCUGUGGCUCCCUGAUGGAAAAACCAUAGUUCAGAGUGUGGGGUUUGUUAAAUCAGCUUCCAAAGGUGAAGAAGUCACACUUGAUGAAGACAAAAUCUUCUGGAACUUUGAACCCAAAGAGCCACCCAGGUCAGUGUGCAGUGAGAGCUGCCCCCCAGGUACACGCAAAGCAAGAAAGAAGGGACAGCCUGUGUGUUGUUAUGACUGCAUUCCUUGUUCUGAAGGAAAGAUCAGCAAUGAAACUGAUUCUAUGGAGUGCGCCAGCUGUCCAGAGGAUUUCUGGUCCAGCCCCCAGCAUGACCACUGUGUCCCUAAGAAAACGGAGUUCCUCUCCUACAGUGAGCCUCUGGGUAUCUGUUUGACAGUCACAUCUUUGCUGGGUACAUUCAUCUGUGUUGUUGUCCUGGGGAUCUUCACCUAUUAUCGCUGUACACCCAUAGUACGUGCCAACAAUUCAGAACUAAGUUUCCUGCUCUUGCUGUCUCUUAAACUAUGUUUCCUGUGUUCAUUGCUGUUUAUCGGACAUCCCACACUGUGGACAUGCCAACUGAGACAUGCAGCAUUUGGGGUCAGUUUUGUACUUUGUGUCUCAUGUAUCUUGGUCAAAACCAUGGUGGUUCUGGCUGUGUUCAGGGCCUCCAAACCAGGAGCUGGAGCCAGUCUGAAGUGGUUUGGUGCUGUGCAACAAAGAGGAACAGUUUUUGUUCUCACAUGCAUUCAAGCAGCAAUCUGCACUUGUUGGAUUGUCUCUGCCUCACCAGCUCCUUAUAAAAACACUCAAUACCACAAUGACAAAAUUGUUUAUGAGUGUGUCAUUGGGUCCACUGUUGGUUUUUCAGUGCUACUAGGCUAUAUUGGCUUUCUUGCUGUCCUCAGUUUUCUGUUAGCAUUUCUGGCAAGAAAUCUUCCAGAUAACUUCAAUGAAGCCAAGCUCAUUACUUUCAGCAUGCUGAUUUUCUGUGCUGUGUGGGUGGCAUUUGUCCCUGCUUAUGUCAACUCCCCAGGCAAAUAUGCAGAUGCAGUGGAGGUAUUUGCCAUCCUGGCCUCGAGCUUUGGUCUCUUGGUAGCACUGUUCGGACCCAAAUGUUACAUCAUCCUGCUGAGACCAGAGAGGAACACAAAGAAAGCAAUUAUGGGUCGAGACAUCACCAACAUUUAA